AAGGGAGUUUUAAUGUGGGCAGUAUUAUACACCACAUGCUUCUACCAUUACACAAACAAUUUUGAUACAUGGCCAUUAUUAAUGAGGUCUGACGCAGUACGCAGCUGCAUGUUUUUUUAUUUCUUUAUUUUUGACGUCCUCACGUUAUCAGUGUGACGCAUUGAAGAAAAAGGGAGAGCGGCGGAGGGUUCUAGAAUCCGUCCUCUGAGAGAGACUCAGGAAGUGAAAUAAAUACGCUGAAGUGAUACUGAAACAGUAAACUAGAGCGCCGUAGAAACACCACGCCUAAUCCACCUGAACCUGAAUAAAAACAGAAGACAACGAUUAAAACAACAAUGUCCGUUACAGAGCUCAACCGGACGGUUUUAAACCCGGUGAUUCCUUAUACCGGUACUAUUUUUGGUGGGCUGCAGCCGGGGGAAAUGGUGAUCAUUCAAGGCAGUGUUCCAAAGGAUUCUGAAAGAUUCCAAGUGGAUUUCCAGUGCGGGAGCAGCGUGAAGCCUCGUGCAGAUGUGUCCUUCCACCUCAACCCUCGCUUCAAGAAGUCUGCCUAUGUAGUCUGCAACACCCUGCAGCAGGAGCGCUGGGGCAAGGAGGAGAUCACCUAUGAGAUGCCCUUUAAAAAGGGACAGCCCUUUGAGACUAUCAUACUGGUGCAGAGAGACUCGUUUAAGGUGGCAGUAAAUGGAAGACACUUACUGCAGUACAAGCACAGAGUGGACCUGGAGAGGGUUGACACGCUUGGGAUUAGUGGACAAGUGCAGAUUCAGGCAAUUGGAUUUGUUCCGAACACUACAUCCACUCCACCAGCACCCACUAUGAUGAUCAAGGAAACCAAAGUGAAUCCAAUUCUUUCUGCGACUCCUGAUUUUACUCUCCCUUACAAGGGAAGACUACCUAAUGGACUGAGUCCAGGACAGACCAUUACCAUCAGAGGGGAAGUCAGUGCAUAUCCACAUAGUUUUACAGUUAACCUGAGCUCCAGUGACUCCAGUGACAUUGCUCUGCAUCUGAACUCCCGGAUGAAAAGUAACACCUUUGUUAGGAAUUCGUACCUCAGAGACAGCUGGGGAGCGGAGGAGGUUUCGCAGCCAGAGUUCCCCUUCACUGCUGGACAAUACUUCGAGAUGCUGCUCUGCUGUGAUCCCAGCCAGUUUAAAGUUGCAGUGAAUGGAGUGCACGUGCUGGAUUACAAACAUCGAGUCAAGGGCCUUGAAAAGAUCAAUCAGCUAGAGAUCAUGGGCGACGUCAAACUACUGGAUGUGAAAAUCUGGUGAACUAAACCACUGUGGUGCAGUAAAGAGCACAGAGAGGGCUUCAGGUUCCACUGAAAGAAUGGAUUCUUCAUCUAGGUUGAUUGAUUAAAUGCAUGUUUACAGUUGUAUGUUUCAGUACCUGUUCAGUUACAGCAGGAGUGGCCAAAGCUGGCCCUUCCAGUCCUGGUCUUUGUUCCAGCCCCAUUUGAAAUUAUUUCAUUGAACCAGUGAAAUCUCCUCCAGACCCCGAGGUAGCUCCUGUUAAACCUGGAGUGGCAUGAAUGGACCUCCAGGACCGGGAUUGCACACCCCUGCUUUACAUAAUGCAGUGUAUUAAUCUGCAUUAAACAGCUUCAAUAUUUUUCACAUUGUUUUAGAAUAGUGCUUUAGGAAUCUGUUAUGAUUUUUUUUUUUUUUCCCCCAGGGCAAUUUUUCUGAAUGCAAAUAAAGUGCUGUGUUAUAACUUAAAAAUAGAACUACAAUAUCAUAUACCCUAAAUCAAUAAAAGCUGAUAAACUGGA